ACAACACUUGGGAACGUUUACUGGAGUGGCCUAACAUUUGUCUUGUCAGUAAACGGUUGCCUUUUGUCAGGAAAAACAUUUUUAGACAAUGACAUCAAAAGAAAAAGCAGAAAACAUCAGCAAGAAGUCUGAUCUAGGGCUAUUAGAAGAAGAUGAUGAUUUCGAAGAAUUCCCUGCUGAAGAGUGGAAAGCUGCUGAUGAAGAUGAAGAAGAUGCGAAGCUCUGGGAAGAUGAUUGGGAUGAUGAUAAUGUUGAUGAUGACUUUUCAAAGCAGUUGAGGGCUGAACUUGAGAAGCAUGGUCAUAUAAAAUCAUGAAAGGAGAUGUGAAUGACAAUGGAACCACCAAGACACAAAGUAAACCAACCAAGUUCAUGAUAUGACGUACACAGGAACGAUAUUAAUGGUGACUGAGUACAUUUGUUUUCCUGUUCUUUUGAGACAAAGACAUUAUCCAAGCUUUUGUUUUCUCCUAACUGUUGCAUGUAAUAUAAAUUAGAAAACUUUAAAAUGGCUGUUGCCCAAAAAAGAUCUUCAUUGAUCGCAA